AUGAACGAAGUUGGCAGAGUCAGGGGGCAAUUCCAAACGUUCUACGAUCCGUAUGUGGAAAGCGAACAGGGGACUCCACGGAGGCAGUUGUUGAUUGACAGGAAACAGCUACAGGCGGAAGCUAUCGACUUGCACCACCGCGUUCAGCGGCUCAAGGAUGAUUUGCGAAAGGAUGCCGAAAAUGUGAGAGGCCUGCUGGCAAAGCUAAAGCAGUGUCACGAGAAUGGCAAUGCGGAAGCUGCCGGACGCCAGCACGAAGUGCAGCUCGUGAUUUGGAAGGUCGGGGAUGUCCUCAGUCAAGUCGAGGAUGUCCUCAAGAGGGAUGAUGAGACAUACGGGCAUCUCAAUCUGGAAAAGCCCACUGAGCAACCCUAG